AGCUCUUACAGCUCCAUCAUGUCUACCGACGUCUUGUCACAUUUUGGGGUUCUUGACGAACUCAUACAGGUUAUCUACCAGGGUUUUGAUCGAUUUGUCGUACUGUCACAAGUAACCGAAUCUGCAUGGUCGAUUUACUUAGGCCUCAAGGGACCAGAAGGCAGGUGGUGGCGAGGCUCGUGGUCCGCCAAACAUAUCCUUAACAUCACCAACGGUGUGCAAUCAGGCCAGGUGCUUGAGAACUUCGCUGAAAAGCUUCGGACCACGUUUGUAAAUGGUGACCUCACCAUUGGAGAAUGGACUGAGAAGGACUCGGACAUCAACCUCACCUUUGGGCCAACUACCAAGCUUCCACUGCACAUGGCCCUGAAAGAACUGUCGGCAGCCGAAGCCGCAUCUCAUGCAACCGCGGUGUUAACUGAAUCAUCCCACGCUAAUUCAGCUUCAACGCUUCCGUCGAAACCCACACCCUUGGGCCUGAGCCAGGUUCCUGUCCCUGCUGUCAAUCAGGCAGCUGAACGGAAAAUCAAAGCUCUUGAAGCGGAACUUGCUCGUUCAAAGGAAAGGCCCCCGACAGGUAACAUGAUAUCCAAACCUUCAACAAGCUCUCGACCUCCGAAGGGCGCAUCUUUGGCCAACCCGAAUAAAAAGGCAAGGAAGUACCAAGCUCUCGAAUUCGAGAGUGAUGAAGACUAGUCAGCUGUGUAUGUCACAUGGGCCGCAAAGCAUUAAAUAUUUCACUGGUGCCUGGGCAUUGGGCAAUGGCCGGAUCCUGCUAAGUACUGCGGUGUCACUGACAACAGGAAAUGAGUAAAAUAUCUAUUAAGUUGAGUUAUCC